AUGGAGUGCUUGAAAGAUGGUUUCCGCAAAGACCAGAUUCUUGACGGGCGAUUUCGGACAGUUGCCCCGCUCAACCACGGCUCAUUUGGCAUGGUCUUCCUCGCGGAGGAUCUCCAUACAGGACAGGAGGUGGCCAUCAAAUGCUUGACCAAGCCGACCGUUGCCAAUAACACCUCUCCAGCAUCGACCACUGACGAAGGUGCUGAAGAGUUGGCUUGCCAUGCAAUUCUCAAGCAACAUCCUCACUUGGUCAACCUUGUUCAUCACUUCAACACCGAAGCCCAUACCUAUUUGGUGCUGGAGUACUGUUCCCAAGGUGAUCUUUACGAGGCCAUCCGACUCGACCGUGGACCGUUGCAGACCGAACAUGUUCGACGAUUCAUGCUCCAGCUCAUCGGUGCCGUGCAGCACAUGCACGCCAAUGGGCUGUAUCAUCGAGACAUCAAGCCGGAGAACAUCUUCCUCACCAGUGACGGGUCCAUGAAGCUUGGUGAUUUUGGCCUGGCAACCAGGAGCCUUUGGUCUUACGAGUCUUGCGUGGGAAGUGACCGAUACAUGGCCCCGGAGCAGUACGAUCCUGCCAACAUCGGUUAUUCUCCAGCCAAGGCCGACAUUUGGUCCAUUGGUAUCUGCUUGCUCAAUGUCUUGUUUGCCAGAAACCCCUUUGUCACCCCGUCGGAGUCCGAUGUGCUCUUCUCUGACUAUGUUCGAGAUCGUCAGUCUCUCUUCGACAUCUUCCCGAGCAUGUCACAGGAUACGUUCGAGAUUUUGUCGAUUGCCAUGGCUUUGGACCCUGCCAAGCGUGACCUGGCUGCACUGAAGCAGGCCGUGCUUCGUGCCGUCACCUUCACCACCGACGACGAGUCCAUUGACGACUUUUGUGCCGAGGAACGCGAUGUGGUACGUGCCAGCGCCAACCGCGAACCCCUACGUACCCCAUCCAUCCAGAGUCCCCAGAUGGAUGGCGAUUCGUUCCCUUGGGCCAAAGCAUUGCACUCUCCCAGCAGCAAGCAACCGCAACUGGCUUCUAUUCCUGACCUGUACGACGAGGAUUUGUUUUCCGACAAAGGCCUCAAGCUGGGCGAAUCCUGGUACUCUGGACAUAACAAUACUCCUUCCCUGACGUCCGUUCUGGAUUCGGCGUAUGGCUCUCUCAAGUCCUUGGCCAUUCAGCGUCCUACCCACCGCAAUCCACCACGACCGGAUCCCGUUCCCAUCCCCAACUCCUUGCCGAUCCGUGCAUCUCGACCUAUCCCAACCAUGUCGUCAGUCUUUGGAAAGAAGAACGACGCUGUGGCCAAGAGCUGGAGUGACAUGUUCGAAGAGGACGAGGAAGAAUGGGAGCGCGAGGCCGAGGCCGAGCUCAAGAUGAGACAUGAACAAAACUCGCGCAGCUGGAGUGAAGAUAGCCAGAAGGGACUGCCUGUCCCCCGCGGUGUUCUUACCGAGUCAAGAUCCUCCAGCAACGCCCGUCUUAGCCGGACCCCAAGGGCCAUUUCUCCUGUCAAGACCACCCAUGCCUCGAAGGAGAACGACCCCUUGGGAUGGCGUGGUCGCACAGCUCGACUCUCCCCCAAGCAAGUUCCCGUCGACAAGUGGGCGGCCUUGGGCGACAAGAGACGUGGUCUUCCUCAGUCUGGUCCCGACGGUCACGUUUCUACCUGGAGUACCAAGAAACGAUCCUUCACCACUGGCUCUCGCAAGAGACCGACACAAGUUAUUGCGUCUGAUCAUCAUCCCAUGCAUCGACGUGACAGCCGGAGCAAGGCACGCCCGGCGUACUUGAAUCAGGAUUGGCGUCAAGCCAAGGUGAUUGACUCAUCGAUGGAUGAAGAUGAUCAUGAGUGGGUUGGAGGUUGGCAUAACUUCCAUUUGUGA